AUGUGCGGGAUUAACCUACCUUUCCCCGAACAUGUUCAUCAUUCUCGCUCUCCCGGAGCUGUACUUCCCUCUACCUUGCAUCCCCGUAUCAAAGGUGUGGUCCUCCUCUCUGGGCUGUACACAUCUGAGGACAUGCCAGCGGAUACGAAGAAUUCUGUCAGGUUGUACUAUGGUGAAGACGAUGAGGCGGAACAGAGGGCGUUGUUGGAAUUAGCGAGUGCUAUACCGACUCUGAGAGUCUUGCUAGGUAUCGGCGAGAGGGAUAUUUCCUGCCUUUGUCCCAUCGUGGAGAGGUUCGGCGAGGCUGUCAGCGCAAGGGUCGCAUCAUACGAUGCAGCGUGUGGUGGGGAAUGGGGAGACCGUGUGAACGCAGAUGCCAAAGAGCCAUUUUCACUAUUCCCGACGAGUUCAACGGCACCCAAAGACGUCCGUUCCCAAACGCGCUCUGACACCCCAAUCCUCGUCUUUUCUCUCAUGGCGGCGGCUUCAGCACUGUCCAUCUGCAUCAUCGAUCACAACCUCGGCUCCUUCUUCGUCGCCCGCGGAUUCAUCGCCGAUUACCUCCUCGUCGACUCUCAGCCAAUGGGUAUCACCUUCCCUUCCCUGACUCUUCUCCGCCAUCCGAUGAACGUGCCCACCAUCCUCCCCCAACACCCCAAUGCCCUUCUUCUCAUACGGUAG